AUCCAUCCAAAUUCAGACACUGAAUUGCAGCCGUUGCCACCACUCUAGUAGAGAAAACCCUAGUUUUUCAUUCAGAGUGUCUCUUGUUUAUAUAGCACUCUUAACACAGUCGUUUUCUCUAGUUUGGCUAGCACCUUGAUUUCAGACGCCGAUCAGCCGAGAUGGGUGAAGAAGCCAAAGUAGUGAUCCCAGAGUCAGUAUUGAAGAAGCAGAAGAGGAAUGAGGAGUGGGCCCUUGCGAAGAAGCAGGAGCUUGAAGCUACUAAGAAGAAGAAUGCUGAGAGCAGGAAGCUCAUCUUCAGUCGAGCCAAGCUUUAUGCAAAGUAGUAUGCAGAGCAGGAAAAGGAGCUAAUUCAAUUGAAGCGUGAAGCAAAGUUGAAAGGAGGCUUCUACGUUGACCCCGAAGCUAAGCUUCUCUUUAUUGUUCGCAUUCGUGGUAUCAAUGCCAUGCAUCCUAAGACAAGAAAGAUCUUGCAGCUGUUGCGUUUGAGACAGAUAUUCAAUGGAGUGUUUCUUAAAGUUAAUAAAGCAACAGUGAACAUGCUUCACAGGGUUGAACCUUUUGUAACUUACGGAUAUCCCAAUUUGAAGAGUGUUAGGGAAUUGAUUUACAAGAGGGGAUAUGGUAAGCUGAACAAGCAGAGAAUUGCAUUGACUGAUAACUCAGUUGUUGAGCAGGCUCUGGGCAAGUAUGGAAUUAUCUGCAUGGAAGACCUGAUCCAUGAGAUCAUCACAGUUGGACCUCACUUUAAGGAGGCUAACAACUUCCUAUGGCCAUUUAAGCUGAAGGCACCUUUGGGGGGUUUGAAGAAGAAGAGGAACCACUAUGUUGAAGGUGGUGAUGCUGGUAAUAGGGAAAAUUUCAUCAAUGAGCUCAUCAGAAGAAUGAAUUAGGCUUUUUCUUAUUUUGUCAUUAGAGUUAUUGAGGUGUUUGUUUGUCUCUUUAAGGUUCUUUUGGUUCAUUACUGAUACCGGAAGCAAUCAGAUUUUGAAUCUCUUAUCAUUUAGUUGAACACAGGUUUUCUUAGACAAUGGAACUUGUGAUGCUAUGGAAAUUUUAUUUUAUUUUGGAAAUAGGGGGACUCAAACUUCAAAGACUCUUGAUUUCUUUAGUAUGCAGUAGUUUGUGAGUUUUAUCAUGAUACCUUUCACCAGCUUUUGAAAUUGUGAGUUGCUAUUCUACUUUUACGGCAUUCUAUGCCAAAUCAUUCUCAUUA